AUGCAGACGCCGGGGCGAGCGGGGAGGAUGGAGGCCGGGGAGGCAGCGCCGCCGGCGGGGGCGGGCGGCCGCGCGCCGGGCGGCUGGGGCAAGUGGGUGCGGCUCAAUGUGGGGGGCACGGUGUUCCUGACCACCCGGCAGACGCUGUGCCGGGAGCAAAAGUCCUUCCUCAGCCGCCUGUGCCAGGGGGAAGAGCUGCAGUCGGACCGGGAUGAGACGGGGGCCUACCUCAUUGACCGUGACCCCACCUACUUUGGGCCCAUCCUGAACUUCCUCCGGCACGGCAAGCUGGUGCUGGACAAAGACAUGGCUGAGGAGGGGGUCCUGGAGGAAGCGGAAUUCUACAACAUCGGCCCACUGAUCCGCAUCAUCAAAGACCGGAUGGAGGAGAAGGACUACCCGGUCACACAGGUCCCCCCCAAGCACGUGUACCGUGUGCUGCAGUGCCAGGAGGAGGAGCUGACGCAGAUGGUGUCCACCAUGUCUGACGGCUGGCGCUUCGAGCAGCUGGUGAACAUUGGCUCCUCCUACAACUACGGCAGCGAGGACCAAGCCGAGUUCCUGUGUGUGGUGUCCAAGGAGCUCUACAGCUCCCCGCACGGGCUGAGCUCUGAGUCCAGCCGCAAAACCAAGAGCGCGGAGGAGCAGCUGGAGGACGAGCGGCGGCAGGAGGAGGAGGUGGAGGUGCAGGUGGAGGUGCAGGUGGAGGCAGAUACCCUGGAGAAAGCCCAGUCAUCUCGGGAGCCCGCUAACCUUUUCUCCCUCCCACCACCGCCUCCUCCACCGCCUCCGCCUCCUCCUCCUCCUCCACUUCCCGUGGGAGGCCCUGCCUCAUCUUCAUCCACCUCUUCUUCCUCCUGGAUCUCAUCUGCACCCUGCCUCUUCCCUCUCUGCCCCUGUCCGGGUUUCCUCUCUGCCUGCUCCCGCCUCCAUCCCCGGGCCGCCCCGGGCCCAGCCUCCCGCGCCCUCCACCCCGGCGCCCCGGCCCCCCUGCAUCCCAGAGCAUCCCGCCUGCCGCCUCCUGCGCCCCCUCUGGCACCUGCCGCCCCCCGGCCUGGGGAGGAGGGUCGUGGCUGCGGCUCCUUUGUGCCCGCCAGCCCCGCCGCUGCCACCGCUGCCACCGCUGCCGGGCACCCCUGAGGCCGGGGCCGCCGGGCCCAGAGCCUCACCCCCUCGCCGCACCUUCUUCACGUUUCCUCCUUGCAGGUUCCUGUCUGCACCCCUCAGCGCUGAGGCCGCGCUUGCCGUGAGGGCUUCUCCUGGGCCCCUCGCCCCCCAGAGCCGCCAGCCCUGGUUUGUAGCUUGGCGGAGCUGGAGGGAGGGCGGAAGCCAGGAGGGGGCGCCUCCUGUUCCCGGACCUGAGCCUGACUUUCAGUUGACUCUCUCCCCUCACCCGUUUUGGCCUUGGGCGUGAGGCUCGGAGAGAAGAAAGCUAGGGGGCAGGCCUGUUUCCCAUCCAUCCAUCCGCCGCCUCCGGGCUGGGAAGGAGGGAGGGGUAACCGCCGCCGGACACCUUGACCUCAUCCCUGCCCAUCCAGGAGCCCCUGCUUCACAGCCUCAUUGGCAUGGGUCUCCCUGUCUCUUCGGGGGUGGGAAGGACAGCCGGCCACCCUUGGAGUCCUUUGGCCUACAGGGAGUCAGCCAGAGCUGGCUGGUGAGGAUCGGGGCGUCGCAGAAAAGGCCCUGGCCGGGUGCCUCCAAGCCCCCACUCAGAUCUUAUCCGCCUGCUCUGUGACCUGGGGCAAGUCACUGUCCCUCUCUAGGCCACAGUUGCCUCUAAAAUGGGGACAGGUAGCUGCUGUCUGUGACCUUUUGCCUGAGACGGCAGGGGACCUGACCUUGAUCCCCCCCCC